AUGGCUUCAAAUAUUGAAUCUGAAUUAAAUGAAAAUACUUCAUUUGAUUCAAAUCAAAUAUCAACUGAUGAAAAACCUACACAAAUAAUCGAUACCACUAAUCUUUCAACUACCAAUAAAGAUACAAAUAUUGAUGAAUCUUCGCCAACAACAACGAAUCGAACACAUGGACAAACAGCCAUCGGUGCUAAACUUAUUGAAAAAUUAGAAAAAUUUGCUGCUGAUUCUAAAGAAAAUAAACAAACGAAUGAUAAAAUUUCAUCAAUAACAAACAAUGAUAGUAGUGCUUCAUCGAAUACGAAUAAUGAAUCAGAACCACAUCGAAAUAUAAAUGAAGUAGCAACUAAUUUAAUGGAGACGUUAACUGAUUCAGAUCCACAAAAAAAUUUAUUAAUAUUAGCAACAAAAUUAGUCGAAUUACAAGAACAAAAUCGUUUAACACAAGCGAAAAUAAAUGAAUUAGAAAAACGAUCAACAUUUUUAAUUCGUGAACGAGAUCAAAUAUUACUUGAAAAUAAUCGUACAUCAGCUGCUAAAUCGAAAUUAGAAAGUCUUUGUCGAGAACUUCAUCGACAUAAUCAACAAAUUCGAGAUGAAUGUACUCGACGACAACAAGAUGAUGAAACAAAACGUCAAGAAUUAGCUAAAAAAUUCCAAACAACAAUUGAUGAAAUUACUUCACAAUUAUCAAAUUAUAGUACACAAUCUACAUCAUUACGUGAACGAAAUCUUCACUUAUCUGAACAAUUAGCAUCGGUUGCUAAAGAAUAUGAAUUACGAGAAACAGAAUUCGAAGCAGCAUUAAAGAAAAAAGAACUUGAAUUACGUUUAACUGAAGCCAGUUUAGAACAAAGUCAUUCAGUACUCAAUGAACGAACAGAAUUAAUUAAACAAGAACGACAAGUGAGCGAAGCUGAACGAUUAGUUUUAUAUAAAAACUGUGAAGAAUUAGCUGCAUCGGAAUUACGUCUUCAUACUCAAUUGAAAGUUUAUACUGAACGUUAUCAAGAAUUUCAAAAUGCUAUUCAACAAAGUAGUCAAAUGGUAACAUCAUGCCAUACAGAAAUCGAAAAAAUGGGAAAAAAAAUAAAAACUUUAGAACAAGAACGAAACGAUUUCCGUCAUCAAUGGGAUGUUGCUGAACAAAAUCAACGAAAAUCGAAUGAAGAUAUGAAAUUAAUGGAAAAAGAAAAACGACAAUUGGAAAUUAAACUUGAUAAACUCGAUAGAUUAUGUCGGACUUUACAACAAGAACGAUCAGAUCUACAAACAAAAAUUAAAAAUCUAACAAAAUCUUCAACAGAUAAUUCUUCAAUUCCUUCUAUUGACAAUGGUGCAUCAGGUCCUGCUACAGUUGCAUCAACUUCCGAAAAAGAUAAAACUAUUACUUCAGAUGUCCUAACGUCUUCCGAAACGCCAACUAAUGUACAUGAUUCAUUAAAAAAUGAUGUAGUAUUAUUAUCAACAACAUCUGAUACUAAUGGAUAA